AUGGAUAUCCUUGACGAAUUGAGCGACCUGCCCGCUGUGCGCAGAACUUUCAAGGCCUCAAGUAGGGAGACCGACUUCACGCAGUUCAGUAUAUUUCAAGAUGCCACGCAGCAAGAUUCUCAGUCCACGCAAGUGAUCGAGCAGGAGAAGACCAGUAGUUUUGGGCUGCUGGGUAUUGACUCGGGGUUUAUUGGAGCGGUCAUGAAGCGAUUGAAUGGUGAAAAGGAAGAGUCAACCGAGCACGCUAAUGACAGCGAAGAUGAGAUCGCGCCAGAAAUUGAGCCCGAGGAACGCGAAAAGACACCACAUAGUCUCAUAUUUGAAAAGCCCAUUACCGAGGUGCCCACCACACAGCAGGUGGAUGAAAUAUUGCGUGCUGAAAGCGAUGAUGCGGAGGACCAUGAAGAGACACAGGAAUUUGUUCCUGAUCGUCAGGUCAACCCUGAAGACGACAUUAUUUCUGCAAUACCAGACUACGACAAACUAAGUGUACAGGACAAGAUCCAGGCCCGUAUCAACGAGAAGCGGCGCCGAAGAGAGCUUGAAGAACAGAAGGGUGCGAUGCCUGUGCCUGUUGCAGUGCGCAAAGAGCGGAAAAAGCCCAUCAAUCCGCUCGUUGAGGUGGUGAAGCAAAACGAACUGAUCAAAAAAUCUGCCUUUACAGUGAGGAAACAGGACGCGUCAAAAUUUGAUCCGAAGAAGCUGGUUGAAGAAUUCAUGGAUUCAGAUGAGGAAACUUUCUCCGACGCCGCCAAGGACACUCCCCAGACGUCGCCCAAGGAUGAUGGCUCUGCCGAGAUGGCCCAAAUGCAGAAGGGAGAAAUGGUGGAACUAGAAUCCGACUCCGACGACGAUCUUGCGCAAAUCAAGUUUGGUGCGUCCAAAAAGAGUGUUUUUGAGGUCCGUCGCAAACUUUCCAGAAAAGAGCGUCCUCCACCUGUCACGCUGAAGAACCUGAUCAAAGAGGAAAAACGGCGUCAGAUGCAGGCGCUGGGCCGAAAACAUGUGGAGGUGGUCAUGGAGGACAAGGAGGACGAGAUCAUGAAGAUGAUGCAGAAUGAGAUCGAACGUAACAAGCGGCUGAGGGAGCGCGAACGGAGUGCCGCCGAGCGUCGGAAGCGCGAGAAGGAGAGGCUGCUAAGGGGUGAAAUAAGUGAGGAUGAGAGUGAUUUGGACUACGACGGGGCAGAGGAGGAAGAGGAAGAGGAAGAAAAAGAAGAAGGAAAAGAAGAGAAGAAGGAGGAAACCGACGAGGACACUGGAAAGGUCGCGCACCCUACGGAACCACCAAAGUCGCCGUCGAUCACCUUUGAGUUGCAAACUCAGGAAGUCAGCUCAAAACAUUUUGGGCCGAUGUCGCUUUCUGAGGCGUUUGACCAGACUUUACCCAACAAGUACGACGGGAUGAGCUCUUUGGAUGUGAUGAGACGUCUGGCCGACGGUGCCGACGAGACGAUGAACACGAGCAUCAGCGAAACUACAGAACGUCAUGAUGAGAGUGUCACAAACUUCCAGCUCGGCACGUUGCCCGUUGACGAGCCGGACGUGCCGAAAACCAUACUUGAGAGUCAGAAUUUUCUGCCAGAUACUCAGAAUGACGAGUCGGAGGCUGUUCGAGACGCUGUGCGCGAAGCCAAGCGACUUGCUGAGCAGAAACGCAGGAAACGCGAGCAGGAGCUGCGGAGCAAGGGCUUGAACCAAAUUUUGGAGAACGAGGCCGAGGAGUCCGAGGACGAGUGGCAAGGAAUGGGAGGCUACGACAGCGAGAUUUCUGACGAGGAGAACAGUGAAGAUGAGAAAAUGCUGAACGACGCUGCGAUCGACGUGAACGGCGAUGCAAUCCGCGAAGCCCUGUUGAAGAACGAGGUAGCUGCGGAUGACGAGAUGGUGAAGAAGAUAUAUAAGGAUAUCAAGACCGGGGCUUUCAGAAAACGGCGCGCACGUGACGGCGCAUACGAGCUGGAGCUGAGCGACGACGAGGACCAGCAGAUACUGGAGUACUACAACCGGCGUCGUCUGGAGCAGCAGCGGCAGCAGAUGCUGCAGAGCAAGGACGUCAAGGAGCUUGCUAAGGACAGCAACCGCAAGGCGUUUUUCGACACCAUCAUGGAGACCGAGGAGAGCAGCUACCAAUUUGAAGAGGAGCCAGAGGAGCCAGACGACGAAGAUAAUGUGGGCGACGAGGACGAAGAGGAGGAGGCUCUGGUGAUGCCUAAAAAGCGGAAAAUCACGAGGAAGCAGAUCCGGUCAAUGAUCUCGUUCCUGGAAGACGACGACAAGCCUCAGGAAGCCAUAUACAUAGACGACGACGGCUACGAGGAAAUUAGACAGAUGCGCGAAAGCUCUGUUGUGCUGGCCGAGCGGACAGAAACACAACGGGUGGAGGCUCGCGAUGAGGAGGAGGACGAAGACUUAGGCAUUCUGGCAAUGAAAUCGAUCACCUCGAGCUUCCGGAUGAGCUCGCUCACAAAUGAACGGAAAGUGCACGAGGUCAAUGUGACGACGAGCUCCAAGCCCGUUGGAGACGGUCGCGGAGCGGUUACAUUCCUGACAAAGGCCCCGCGGCUGCUGAAGCCCAAGGAGGCUCGCAUCGAACAGACGUUACAUAGGCGACAGCUCAAGGUAAAGGGCGGCGAGUGGAAAACAUAG